UAUAACUCUUUGUACUUUCAUUCUUGUUCUGAUACUGCUUGAAUUUCUCUGAUUUCGAUGCUUAUCUGUGGUGAAAAAACUCAGAAGAGGUCAAAAUGCCAGAAGAUCAAUGUGCUGAGCGUGCUCUGUUCGGUGGAGCAAUAGCCAGUACGUUCCCACUUAGAUUUCAGGAUGUGAGCGAUAUACGUCAAGUCCCUGAUCAUCAGGAGGCAUUUGUGGACCCUGCACGUGAUGAGAGCUUGAUAAUUGAGAUAUUAGAUUUGAAGCUUGAUGUUGCCGAUAACGGAAGUGCUACUUGGUUUCUUCAAGACCUUGCCACAGAACAAGAUGCUGAAGGACGCACGCUGAUUGAGCAGUCAGGAGUGUUUGAGGCAGAGGGGUUGCAUUUCAGAAACAUGCCUGUAGUCAUUACAACUGCAGUCGGCCAAAUGGCCAUCUCUAAGGGACGACAAGGAAGGGAAGCACAAAAUAUAGUACGGGUGUAUUUGGCGAAUUUGCGUCUUAAGGAAGUUGGCACAGAUAUACUGAUCACUGCAUAUGAGCCCAUCUUAAUAAACCCUUUCAGUGAAAGUGCUAGUACGGUUGGGGCUGGUUUAGCUGUACCUGCCGCACAAUCUGGGUGUAUGCCAAUGGCUGAGGUUUUUAAACUUGCUGUCUCUAGCUUCAAAGUUAAUGAUUGGAGUCUUUUUGGCACCGCUACCGACGCAAACAACCCCCAGCUGUCCUGAUACAAUGGUUCGUUGGUGAUGGGUUAGAUGGUAUUACAAGUUGUUAAAUAUUAAUGCAGGCAAGGCAUGUGGACAACUCCUUAAUCUGAGGAAAAUCUCCCCAUGAAGCUUUUGGAGCAGGAGUAUCAAUCGAGUCGUGUUGUGUGAUGUGUGGAACGUGUCAUAGGGUGUCAGUGUGUGUCUGUGUCUGUGUCAGUUUUGUAGUCCUUGUAUUAGAAACGGCAGUAUAAGAAUCUCUUUUUUCCAUCGCACUUAGAAUUCCAUAAAUUAAAAAUGUAUUCGAUAAAUUUCUUAGCAAGGUCAAAUCUAAUUAUUUAAUUAUGCAGCAAUACUUUAUUAGAUAAAAAAAAUAAA